AUGGCUGAAGAGGAGGAUGACGCUAAUUUUGACGAAGAUUUCGACGAUGCAGGCAACGGUGUUGAAUCAGGCCACGGCAAAAGAAAGAGGCUGUUUUCUAAAGAACUCCGAUGCAUGAUGUACGGGUUUGGAGAUGAUCAGAAUCCGUAUACCGAAUCGGUGGACAUUCUCGAGGACCUUGUGAUCGAAUUCAUCACUGAAAUGACCCAUAAAGCCAUGUCUAUUGGUCGUCAAGGCCGUGUCCAGGUUGAAGAUAUUGUGUUUCUCAUUCGCAAGGAUCCAAGAAAGUUCGCCAGAGUGAAGGAUCUUCUGACUAUGAACGAAGAGCUGAAGAGGGCUCGCAAAGCUUUUGACGAAGCGAAUUAUGGCUCGUAAUAGGAAACUGGUGAUUCUCAAAUGACCCACGAGUGGUGAUAAGGGUUCAUCUACUUAGACAGCGCCCCACACAGUACGUCACCCAGCUUCAAGGUGACUGAGUCGCUCUUGAUCGAGAUGGAGACGCAUGCAUCUAGGCAAAAUAGAAGCCUUUCACAGUUUUCUUUGUUGAACUGGUGUCUGUCAUACCAAGCCUAUCAUAGUUCACCAUAUCAUCCUUCCAACAUUUUGUUUUAAUGAAAAUUAAACUUUUUUCUUUUGUUGCCAA